AUGAACACGGAGUCACAAAUGCAAGAGGUGGCCAAUGAACUAGCAGAAACGGGAAUCUCGUCACCGAAAUCAGUGACAGACAGUCGCUCGGAAAGCAAUUCGCCCAGUUGUUCUCCCGGAACGCCUACACCGAAUUCGAGUGCUUUGCAAUUGGACCAGUUGGCCAACACAAACUUGCUGACCGUACGCAUAAAGUGGAAUGAUUCAGUGAGAGCUCAGGAUGGAGGUGUAGAGGAUAGUGUGGCGCAGCACGGUGGUCGGAAUGCAACACCGGCUUCCGUGACAUCGACGCUAGCUGCCGUACUACAUGCGCAUCGUGGGGUGCCCGUCAAUCCUUCGUUGAUUGAGAAUUACGAGUACUUAAGCGACAAGAGUAGACACGAAGUGCUGGAGGACAAUCGGGACGUUUACGUCCAUGAAUCUGGGUCGACCGAUGUGGAACAAUGGCCCACAACGGGACCAGCAUCGUCUGUUUCCGCUUGGCCUUACGAUUUUGUCCUACAAAGCCAGUUCAAACACUGGGAAGACCUAGUGGUAGCACGCGACGCCGUGCUAGAUGAACUUCGAACCCUAAGCAAUGGAGGCAAGGACAGCAAGGACGAAGACGAUAACGACGACGACAAUGACAACGACGACGACGACGAGAGCAACCAAAAAAAUGCUUUAUCGCCAUUAGCGAAAUGGUCUGUUACCGAAAAUGCGCACGGCUUAACGCAUCCUGGGAACCUGUAUAUCAGAGGGAUUCCCAAAGAUUUGACGGUGGAUGAUUUGAUACCGGUUCUGUUGAAGUUUGGUCCCGUUAUGGCGCUAAAAAUCAUUUGCGACCCAAAUACGGGCGAAUCGCUGGGUUACGGGUUUUUGUCGUAUCCAUUGGGUUCUCAAGCCUCGCGCUGUAUCAAAGAACUAAACGGUAAUCUAAUGAACGGGUCGCCCUUGUUCGUCAAUUAUCACGUUGAGCGCAAAGAGCGCGAACGUGUACAUUGGGAUCACAUCAAAGAGGACAAUGAUGACGAACGGUUCCGCGGCGUGUUUAUAGGAAACUUGCCCAUCCAGAAUGAUAAAGGCGAGCUGGUAACGCCCGAAGAUGUGGUCUCGAGAUUUCAAACUGCUUUUGCUGACGACACCGAGCCCUUUGAGGUUUUAUCGUACUACUUGCCCAAGCGCAACAGCGAAAGUGAGGUGGAGUACGACGACGAAAAUGACGAGAAAAUUGACGACGUGGAAACUUGCGCCGGACGCCACGAGGCUAGUCCUCUCAAAGGUUAUGGUUUUAUCAAAUUUGGUUCGCAUGCGCAAGCGCUGCGAGCUAUUGAUAAAUUCCAUGAUUUUGAAUGGCUCGGUAACACACUGGUUGUGAACAAAGCCGUCCAAUCUAAGUCUCACCAUUAUAAUCACCAUCAUCAUCACUACCACAGUGCAAAUCAUUACCAAAAUAAUAGCCACCAUCAUCAUCACAAGCCUCGUCGGCACAGCGAACGGCCAUCUGGUUCCAGACAAUCUAGUCUCACGAACCUUUCAUUUUACUCCCCAUUCAAUGGACCCCAACCAGGACUCGGCUUCCUGGCCAAUCAAGUGCCCAUGUACGCGCAUGCAGGUGAAUUGGAUCCUCACGACACCUCGGUAGGCUUCUCUCCCAUUCCUUCACCUUCCCCUAACGGUAAUUACGUUGCCUCGGGACAAUUGCAUCACACAGGAUUUGGUGCCGCUCCAUCAUUGAGCACAACGCCUGAAGACUCUACCGCGCCCUCAUCUCGAAAUGGUUCCAUUUACCAGAUCCAAGCCCAAAACGGGAUGCUACCGCAACCUCCCUUCAUAUUGCCUAUUCCUACUAAGGACCAACAGGAAUCGAAUCUCUACGUGAAGCACCUGCCAUUGACUUGGAAAGAUGAAGACUUCCAUCAAUUCUAUGAGAAGUUUGGGGAAAUUAUUAGUGCGAAAAUCAUAACAGUGGGUGGUAGCAAGAAUGGUGAAGUGUCUAAUAACCUGUCCCCUUCAAAAGCCACCGAAUCUCCACUGGGCACUUCGAGAGGUUACGGAUUUGUUUGUUUCAAGAACCCACUUGAUGCUUCAAGAGCAAUGAUGAUUACAGACCGGUACCAAGUGGACGAGAACCACACCUUGUACGUUUCAUUUGCUCAAAAGCGCUCCAAAUCCGUAAGCAACGGAGAUGCAAUGCAUACGCCGUUCAACGAAAACCGAGUCAGCGCCACACGCAAGAGUUUUCAUCAUCACCCAAACUCGAGGCCCGAUUUUUUUGGGAAAUACAAUUCAAAGUUUUUGAAUGCAAUGAUGCAUCAACAAAGUGGGAACAAGCAAGCCGCUAGGCCUCGUGGCAGUUGGCCGGUCGCUAUGGGUGUUCCAAUGGUUCCACCUUAUCCUGUUACGAUGGUUCCGCCAAUUGGACCAGGGGUACCAAUCCAAUCGAACCCGAUGGUCCCAGGUUUGAACAGGAACGGCAGAUGGAAUCGAAAUGAAAGUAAUUGA